AUGUACAGCCAGUGUACACCCUCGCGAGCUCGCCGUCGCGUCGGAAUCGAGGCAGCCAUGGCGGCGCGGCUCGCCGCUUCAACGGCCGUCGCAGCGUCGUUUCGUCAAAUUCUGUUCUCCAACGUUGUAGCGUCACCCUCCCAUCCCGCCAUCGCAGCGUGCGAGAUUGUGUCGUUUCGCCACGCUCUGGUUACCAAUGCCUUCGCCAUGCGACCGCCGCUAGUCGCAUGCGCGCUGCUCCAUUGCGCCUCCCCUGCCGUCGAUUCGUCUCACGUAAACUCAAAUCCGAUCCGUUCGACCAGCAGGCGCGGCGAUUCCCGUUCUUCCGCAUGUAGCGGCGAACGCGCGUUCCCCUCCGCACGCGUGUUCCCCGUCGCUCUAGUCUCCGUUUCCCUGCGGCCAUCCCGUCUCCUAGACUCGCCUGUCAGGAAAUCGGCCAUUCCUUUGGCCGUCGAUGCCGCUCUCGGCAUUCCCCAGGCCGUCGUUGCGCUCCCCCACCUUUUCCGCGCCUUCCGCUUCUUCCGCCUUCCGCCGAUCGCUUGGGUGGGAGAGUCAGUCCAAGGGAGAUUAAUCCCUUGGGGUGGGCAUGGUUUUGCUGGCUGA